UACGCGACGUUGAUGGCGAUGUCAAGUAAAGAUGGCGUUGAGUUGUGUUGUGUCAGAUGUUUAAAGUGCCUUUAAAAUCCCGUUGGAGUUUAACAUUCCACACGACCGUGACACUUUGGUUUGUCAUUUACACUGCUCUCGGUCUCGUCGAAGAUCGUUAAGUGAGGAAAAAAGCGAGGGCGUAUGUCAGGAGUCACGUGUAAUAUCGCUCUGCUAGUGGCAGUUUUACACUUAACCUCAGCUUUUCGGGGUACCGAACGAUCGUUUUUGAAUACUUGGACAAUUUUUUGGAAUCGAUGCUGUCUCGUUCGUGAAAGAAAGGAUCGUGAAUUUUCAUCGACUGAUCCUGAUACGGUAUCAAUGACGAUCAUUCGCAUCGUAUGAUCAAAAAAACGACUAGACAGUUUCGUGAAUUUCGGAUUCGAAUUCAGAUUCGGAUUCCGCCUUUGUAAGCUUUGUUCCUAAGGUGGUAAAGCAUUGUUCGUAAGCUGUUGAAUAUAUUGGAUUGAAUGCUGGUGAGAUUCACACCUGGGUGAAAUGCCUAAAAUAAGAACUAGGCAACCAAACAGCCUGUGGUUAAGGCAACGUGAAUUGGGCAUAAAGUUCCCUCUGGGACAUGCAGAUCGUUUUCACAAAACCCUUUACUCGUCUAUUCAACCUGUAACUUCUUGGGAUCAUGCAUUGUCUCCCGCUACGCAUGGAGGAGUCUUCAAUCUGGAAUAUUCUCCCGACGGUUCCCUCCUGUUGGCAGCAUGCGAGAGAAAAACGAUUUUAAUGUUCGAUCCUUUGAGAAGAAGAUUAAUUCACGCAAUAGAAAAUGCUCAUACUGAUUGCGUUAACUGCGUUAGAUUUUUAGAUCAACGUAUGUUUGCGACUUGUUCCGACGACAGUACAGUUGCCCUUUGGGAUGCUAGAAAUUUGAAACAGAGGAUCAGAACGCUUCACGGGCAUUCGAAUUGGGUUAAGAAUAUAGAGUAUAGUCCCAAGGAUAGUUUAUUACUUACCAGUGGAUUCGACGGUAGCAUAUACACUUGGGACAUUAAUACCUUUACUGAAAAUAGUAUUCUAUAUACUCGUGUGUUUCAUACGAAUGGACUGAUGCGAACUAGACUUAGUCCGGAUGCCAGCAAGAUGUUAAUAAGUACCACUUCCGGAUACCUCAUUAUUAUACACAAUCUUAAGUUAAGAACGUUAUCUCAAGACCUAGCAGGAUUUAGACCAAAUAUGUACCGAUUGAUGCAAUCGUCCCAGACUACGAUACCAAACGUGGCGAGUUUCACGCAUCUCUUUUCUCAUUCUCGUACACACAAUAGAGUAGAAUUUAUAACAGAUUUUCCGUUUGGCGAUGAUGCAGAGAUAAUAUCGAGUUUACAAGUGCAUCCUCAGGGUUGGUGUGCUUUGUCUAGGAACGUCAGUAACGGAGAGAAAUCUGAGUGGACAUGCAUACACGACAUACAAGAAGGCGAUGUAUCCGGUGGUAGUGCGGAUCAGACAAAAGAAGGGGAAGAAACGACGUCCCAGUUCAACGAUGUGAUCGUCGACGAAUUCGAAGAUUUCCCGCAACCUCAACCCUCUCGUUCAGGUAUAACGCCUCCUUUCUUAAUAGAAAGUCCAAAUCGUGUCAGGGUAGUUCACACCAUGUCCGACGUGAGAUCAAAUUCGCUCGGAUCAUCGGAGAACGCGCAAGCAACCAGAUCCUCGAGAACCGGUUGGCAAUCGACGUCUCGCAGAACGUCACGGUCUCAAUCGAGGAACUCUCGUUCGGAUAGAAACGCGACAAGAGCGAGUCUGAGCGCGGUCGAAGUCAGUUCGAGUUCCGGGUCUAGCGACUCUCGAGUAAGCGCGGACAGAGACGACGCCAGACAAGAAGAUAGAGACGUGUACGAUGCCAGCGAGAGCGAGAGCACGCACGAGGAGGCUUCCGUUGAUCCGGAUAGAGAUUUGGAACUGGAUUACAGAUCUCCGAGGCCAAACUCUCAUCUCAACUACUUGAGACCGCGUAACAUUAUCGAUAAUUUCUCGACGGGUAAUAUAGAAUUGCACGUAAGCACGACGGAUGUGUGGGAAGCGCAUGUGGCGAUCAGGGAAGCUAGACUUAGAAGGGAAAGAGACUGGCUUUCUAGAUCGAGCAAUAAUACCGUCGUCAUUAUCGGUGACAGGACUAGGGUUCAAAAUCAGAACAGACAGGGUCAGCAAACAUUGUACGCCAUCCCAAGGAAUCGUAUGAUUCACCAAAAUACGCCUAGGUUAACGCACUAUAUCGAAGAACCGAACGUGGGUUCUGGUUACAUCAAAGAAUUGUGUUUCUCCGCCGAUGGUCGAUUGAUAUGUUCGCCAUUCGGAUACGGGGUACGAUUGUUGGCCUUCUCCAACGACUGUUCAGAACUAUCCAACUGUGUACCUCCCAUCCACGAAUCGGUGCAGCUACACGAAUUGGCGACGAACGUCAGUCAUUCGGGUAUCGUGGUUAGCACGAAAUUUUCACCGAGACAUUGUUUGCUUGUAUCCGGCUGUCUUAGCGGAAAGAUAGUUUGGCACGAGCCAGUAGUUUAGUAAGAUCGAUUCAAUUUUGCGUUAUAGAAUCCUCUUUCUAAUACAUAUGACACGAUGAUGUAUAUGUAUAUCGUAUAUACAUGUAAUAUAUACGAUUUGCCGGUUUUUCUUCUCGUUUUUCAUUUUUCUUUUCUUUUUUAUAAUAAGAUCGGUAGCGUACAGUCAUAUUUUUUUCGAGUAUAUACUUUUUGAUAAGCCUUGUUUUCGUUUCUUUUUUUCUAGCAUGUCUUGUUGAAAACAUGAUUCGUCAGGAAUCCGUCGUUUUAUAUACAUAUGUAUAUUGUACUACAUAUAAUAAGGUAGAUCUUUUCGUCCAAGUAUCUUACAGUCACGCGUCGAUAUUUUUACUCGAAAGAAAUACGGUGAAACCAAACUUAGAAAUAAUUUUAAAAUAAUUAUGUGUUUCUUUAGCGAUUAAAAAGAGAAUAACCAACAAUCAUGACGCUGUUUUAAGCACCGUUUAAGAAAAAAAGAAUGAUCUAAUCUCGCGCGUUUUAAGCUGCGAUCGCGAAAGUAUAGAUUUUUUUAAGGGUAGCGGGUAUCCGUGUUCUUAGGAAAAUAUGUCGAUAAAAUAAAUUUUCACGGCAGAGUACUUCUCCUUUGUAUCGUCGUGAAACACGACGAGCAAAUAGCGGUCUCUAAUUUGAAUCUUGGAAACAUUCCUCCAACAGAAUUGUACAUACUUUCGUAAAACGAGAACGAUUGUGGUGUUGUUUGGAAAUUUGGAAUUACAUAUGAUGUUUUAUAUAAUCUGUGUUCGCAGCUGAGACUGACUUACUUCCAUCUGUCUUUGGUUA